CAGGUCUCUCUUUCUGUGCCUUUGCCCCCUGAGCUAAACAACAAUGGAGAUGUUUCUUGAUCACAUUAGUUAGCUUCUUUUUCUCCCUUUCCUUCUCUCUCCCCCCUUCCUUCUCUCUCUCACACACACACACAUUCCUACAAAGUGUGGCUUUCUAGUCUCUCCUUAUUUGUGUUUCCUUCCUUUAAGGCAGCUAAAAACAAGUUGAGAUGUUCCUAGGUCAACUGGUUACCUUCUCCCCUUCCAUCUCUCUCUCACACACACAUCUCAGAGUGUUGUCCAACGCUUUCAUAGCCAGAAUCACUGGGGUGCUGUGUGUUUUCUGAGCUGCCUGGCCAUGUUCCAUAAGCAUUUUUUCCUGACAUUUCACCUGCAUCUAUGGCAGACAUCCUCAGAGGUUGUGAGUUCUGUUGGAAACUAGGCAAGUGGGGUUUAUAUAUCUGUGGAAGGUCCAGGUGGGAGAAAGAACCCUUGUCUGUUUGAGGCAGGUGUGAAUGUUUCCAUUGGCCACCUUGAUUAAGCACUGAAUAGCCUUUCAGUUUAAAGGUCUGGCUGUUUACUGCCUGGGGGAAUCCUUUGUUGGGAGGCAUUAGCUGGCCCUGAUUGAUUCAUGUCUGGAAUUUCUCUGUUUUCUGAAUCUUGUUCUUUAUUUGAUGUCCUGAUUUUAGAAUUUUUAAAAUACUGGUGGCCAGAUUUUGUUCAUUUUCAUAGUUUCCUCCUUUCUGUUGAAAUUGUCCACAUACAUGUGGAUUUCAAUAGUUCUUCUGUGUAGUCUGACAUGGUGAUUGAAUAGUCUAGCAUCACUGUGUUCUCAAACCUGUUCUUUUUCUCGUGUCAGGAGCAACGUGAGUCUCAAACCCGCUGUUCCCAGGUUGGUUCAUCAAAUGCUCUGCUAUGACUGACUUCUCUGAAAUUGCCCACAUGCUUGUGGGUUUCAGUAGUUUCUCUGUGUAGAACCAGUUAGAAUGGUUCAGCAUUUCUGUGUUCUCAGAUAAUAUGCUGUGUCUAGGUUGGUUCAUCAAGAAGUGCUCCGCUAUGGCUGACUUCUGUAGUUCCUUGGUUAACCGGUUCCCUUCUCUCCCCUUCCAUCUCUUUCUCUCUCUCUCUCUCUCACACACACACACACAUGCAUUCGCUCAGGUCUUUCCUUACUCGCCUUUCCCUCCCUAGAGUAAAACAAGACUCCUUGGUCACGCUGGUUACCUUCUCCCUCGCUUUCUUUCUAUGUUCUUUUACCUUUCUCUUUCUAUCCCCCUCUCUCUAUCCCCCCAUCUCUCUCUCACUCACUUCCAACUUUGCCCUCCGACCACUUGCUCGAGCGCCUUGACCGGCUGCCAUGAGGUGGGCUUGGAGGGCAGGGCGCUGGGGGUGAGAGAGGCUUGCUUGCUUCCUGCUUGUCUUCCUUCCUUCCUUCCUUCUUGUCUUCCUUCCUUCCUUCCUUCCUUCCUUCCUUCCUUCCUUCCUUCCUUCCUUCCUUCCUUCCUUCCUUCCUCGGGGAGGCUGUUGCUUCUUCUUCUUCUCCGCCGCCGCCUCCCCAGCAGCCAACCCCGCCUCCUCCUUGCGCUCGCCGUCCUUCCCUUUCUCUCUCGCCUCACUUGCACUUCCCCGUCCGCCCGCCCGCCCGCCUGCUCCUGCUGCUCCUGCUGGAGGUGGUGCUGGUGCUAGUGUUGUGGAAGCGUCCGGCUGGCACGUCGCGAGGGGCCCCGGGCGGCGUGGAUGGGCCCCUGCGCGGCGCUCCCGGCUCCGUCCCAGGCCCCGAAGAGGAAGAGCCCCGCGGGCGAGGCGGCAUGGAGGCGGGCGCGGGGGUCCAGGGGGCGCCGCCGGUGGGCUCGCUCUCCCCGGGCGAGCUGAGAGCCCAAGAGACACUUGCUGAUACCUCUAGAUCCAUGUAAGCGACUUUGUGGGAGUAACCAUGACUGAAGUCCUUCUGUCUGCUGUCCUGAACAUGACUGAAACUCACUCGCUGGCUAGCAAUGUCACCAGCAAUGCCACCAGCAAAUGUUCACUGACCAAAACUGGCUUCCAGUUCUAUUACCUGCCUGCUGUCUACAUCGUAGUCUUCAUCACUGGAUUCCUGGGCAACAGUGUGGCAAUUUGGAUGUUUAUCUUCCACAUGAGGCCGUGGAGUGGCAUCUCCGUUUACAUGUUCAACCUGGCACUGGCUGACUUCUUGUAUGUCCUGACUCUUCCUGUGCUCAUCUUCUACUACUUCAAUCAAACUGAUUGGAUCUUUGGAGACUUCAUGUGUAAGCUCCAGAGGUUCAUUUUUCAUGUCAAUCUGUAUGGAAGCAUUUUGUUCCUCACUUGCAUCAGUGUGCACAGAUACACAGGUGUUGUGUAUCCCUUGAAAUCCUUGGGGAGGCUGAAAAAAAAGAACGCAGUAUAUAUCAGUGCCCUGGUCUGGGGAGUUGUGGUUGUAGCGAUUUCACCCAUCUUCUUCUAUUCUGGGACUGAGGUAAGGAAAAUCAAAACCAUGGCUUGCUACGACACAACGGUAGAUAACUAUCUGAGAAGCUACUUCAUUUACAGCAUGUGCACCACAGUCUUUUUAUUCUGCAUCCCAUUCAUACUGAUUCUUGGUUGCUACGGAUUAAUAGUAAAAGCACUGAUUUACAAAGAUCUAGACAAUUCCCCACUUAGGAGAAAAUCCAUUUACUUGGUGAUAAUAGUAUUGGCAGUAUUUGCUGUCUCUUACCUUCCUUUUCAUGUGAUGAAAAACUUGAAUCUACGAGCUAGGCUGGAUUUUCAGACUCCAGAAAUGUGUGCCUUUAACAACAGGGUUUAUGCCACUUACCAAGUAACUCGGGGUCUAGCAAGUCUCAACAGUUGUGUGGAUCCUAUUCUGUAUUUUUUGGCAGGAGAUACAUUUCGAAGAAGGCUCUCAAGAGCAACCAGAAAAGCCUCAAGACGAAGUGAGCUCAAUGUGCAAUCCAAAAGUGAGGAUAUGACUCUCAGUAUUUUAUCUGAGUGCAAACAGAAUGGAGACACAAGCUUGUGAAUUGUUAUUAAUUUUUUUUGCAAGCAAACGCUUUGCUCUGCUUUUCCUCAUCUUCGCGUAUUGUUUUUAACCCGUAGAGCACCCUCGUUUCAAGCAUUUUCAAGAAAACGUAACAAGUGGACAACAUAUAUUUGUGUAUGUGUUUUUUUAAAAAACGUAAAAAUUUAAAAACGCUCUGUGAGCCAAGGAAGAAAGACAAUGUGCAGUUUAAGCAGAAACCGUAUGGACCGUGUCUGAAACAUUAACUCAUCUGAUAGACUAGUGAUGCAUAAAAACUGCAUAAUUUCUAGUUUGAAAAGUAUCUGUGAAAGGUAAACCUUGCCCAAUUUCAUGUUUCAAAUCUCUCUUGUUUCUGCAUUGUUUUGCCCAGAAUGGGAGGGUCUAUGGGGUAUAGCCCCAAUCAGGGAUAUUGUAGACCCCUCCCUGAAAUUUUCAGCUUUCAUUAGGGGAAAAAAACCUUCUAUCCUCAUCUUCAUUGUCAACAACAAAAAAGCAUCUAGUCCUUUCAUUUAAAGAGUUUUCAAGAUGCUGGCAGUAUUUUACCCAUCCAAUCAAUAAGAAGUAAGCCUGCUCUAACUUUGGUACAUAUUAAAGUAGAAUUUUCUUUAAUGAUUAAAUAACGUGAAGCAUAUUAUAUGACUUGAAAUUUUUGUUUGGCAUUGCCUUUGGGCACCUCUCUCCCUUAUCCAAUGUACUUGUGAGCUCUAACGGCUCUGCUCUUUUUCUCAAAUUGAUUUUUGUUUCUUGUCUCUUUUUUUCACUUUUGAAAGCAUAUUGAAACAAUAGCCAAAAUACACUAAUGGUUUGUUGGCAGUUAUUUUGUGACUCCAGAAAGUUAACCUAUUAGUGGGUGUUAUUUGCCCCCUUAAAAUCUGAGUUUAUAUAGAGAGGCAUUUAGCCAUGUGAUGUUCAGAGGAAAAGGAUGGGUUGAGUCACUCUCAACCUGUGAUAGUAUGGCUGUAAUGAGCAUCCAUUGUUGCAAGCGGGAUACUAUUUCCAGAUAGUCUCAUGAAUCAUGAAAAUCAGUACUUCUUAAUUGUAUGGUGAACCCUUAGCCUGACAUACACAAGACUGCUUGGUAAAGCCUAAAGCUGGCAUAUGGAAGCAUCUGAUGAAAUUUCCCAUGUUCCCCAUGUGCUUGGAUGUUAUUGCAAUAGUCCCUUGUUGGUCCUUCUCACAGAUUGCUCAUUUAUAUAUAUUUUAAGUCUCUUACUGCCCAAAUAGUAAUAAUACUGUCUGAGGUAAUGGCAAGAGAUGGAUUUUUUUUUACAAAAUAGAACUGUGCUAUUUUCAAGGGAUUCUGACUUUGUUUUUUCUUUAAAAAUAGCUAAACAUAAAACAUGUAUCCUAUAUCCCUAUGCUUUGGCAGCAAUUCCAGUUCCCAGUCAACUGUUUGAUGUCCUGCUCAAGAUUAGUUAUCUAGUUUUUGGGCCAUUGUAAUUUUUGAAUAGGUAAAACCUCUCUGAUUGGCAAUACGUUGUCAUUUUUCCCACCAAAAGAUGUGCACUUCAUUUAUUUUUAGCCUUAAUUUUGAUUUGAUUUUGUUGAAUGCAGCACUUUGCAUGACAAUGGCUGUUUUCCAAGCAAAUUGUUACUUCUCAAGUGGGUCCCCCCUCCACCACCUCCUUCUCCCUCUCUCAGAAGAGGAAAAGGAAGCUGCUGUUAAUUUUCACUGUGGGGAAAAUCAUGCUUUGCCUAAACAUAUAAAAGAUUCAUAUAAGAAUAGGAAAUGCCUUGUGAGAUGAAACUCUCUUUUUCUUUCUUUUCGUGUUGAGCAUUUAGUGAUUGAUGGAAUGAUUAGUGAGGAGGACGUGCCCUUCUUGGAGGCGAAAGACCUGGGGCAAGGACCUAUUCCACAAGUACAGGGAACUAGCAGUCAAGUUUUUAAAUGGUGUGUAAACCUGUGUGACCUGUGUAGAACAGUCUUUCCAUUUCCAAAUGUGCAGAAAGUGGCAAGCCUGCCUGUCAGGGAUGUACCAAAGAGGACAGAACUGGGGAGCUGUCAUGCAGAAAGGACGGGGAGGGAGAAUUGAAUUCCCAAAUAGGGCUCCCUUCCUGACCACCUGUGCGUAGAAUAUUUCAAUUGUUCAUGUUCAAAUCUUCAUUAUCAAUCCGUAUCUGAGAUCUUCAGGAAAUGACCUAUGAGCAUUUCAGACAGACUGAUAAUCAGCACAAGUAAAAGCUUUUUGCAGUGUCUAAUAUCUGGAACUUUCUUCUUGUGGAGCGCUCCCCUUUAGCCUUCCUAGGCUUUCAGAUGUCUAUGCAACUGGUUUGCUAAAUUCCAAAUUGGUUGUAUCUUUUAAAGCUCACUCUUGAUUGUAGCCCACUCUUUGUUUUUGUUUGUUUGUUGUUCUGUGGUGGCAUUUAGAUUUUGCCAUGUUGUUGCAUAUUGUUGCCAUCUGCCCUGACCACUUGAUGAGGAAAGAUGGAAGGUACAUUCAAAAAGUAAAUAAAAUAGGUCAGAUUCCUACAUGUAAAAAUCUAAAUUAUAUAAGAUCAAAUUGCCACUGUUUGUGUUUGGUUCUGUGAUGGAGAAUCAGGCACGCAGUUUGGUUGCAUGUAUACUGAAUUGUGUAUGCGGAAAUCUUGUUAAGAAGUCAUUUCACACAGAGAGUGUCAGAGUGGGAAAAAUCAGCCAGAUGGAUCAGAGAUGCAUAAUUUUGGAUAAGGGAAAGAUAGGAAGAGUUUCAUUUGAAUUCAGCCAGAAUCAUGUAAGCUACAGAUCACUAACUGCACAAGCAUACACUUCUAGAUUAUUAUUUUUUUACAAAACUGGACUUUAAAAAAAAACCUAAUUUACUUCACUUAAUAUUCCAAAAUAUAUCUGAAAAAAUGUUCUAGAAACCCAUGCUUCAAAUCAUUAUAUAUUCCUUGUAUACAAAAUGAAGAGGAUACAUAAUCCUUUCAAUGGCUUUAGGAAAUCCUUACAAAAGCCCAUGCUUUACUGGAGGGAUAAAAAUAAACUGUUUACAUCUUGCUUAUUAAUUUCCAAGGGCUGAAUAUGAGUGGAAAGAGAAUAGUUCUGAAUAUCUCUUGGCAAAACUGCAAAUCAGCUUAAAAUUCAUAAAUGAAAAAUGUAUUGAACCUGCAGAAUCUAUUUAACUUCUUAAUGGGAGGAGGCAAUGACCAGUGAACUGUGCUGUAUUAUAUAUUCAUAAUGCUUCCAGAUCCUACAUGUAACUAUGAAUCGGAUUGUAUUGUGCUAAGACGGUUUUCAGGCACUCUUUAAUGCUCUGUAAAACUGAGCAUCUUAGCUUUCAGAAAAUGUAUUGGAAGCACCUUCUCCACUUACUAUGACUAUUGAGGACAUCAAAAUGAGUGGAUCCAGUGGAUCUUAUUUCUGAAUAAGUAUGCAUAGGAUUAUACAUGCAAUGCUUCUGUUCAGACAUAUUUUUUAAAACCCAAAUUACAAACACACAAGGCCACUGAACAAUAUGUUCUUUUACUUGCAGUUUUAGGAAAAUUGAGAAAGUCAAGAAAAUUUAGGUCCCAGCUCAAGAAGGGGCAUUCCUCUCAUUAAUGAACCCUUGUGAUUUACUAUUUAUAUUAAGACGCUGUGAGAACACCAGAGAGGUAUGAAACAGUCUUCCCGUGCCACUGCCACUAAACACUUCUCUGAAACCAAAUUUAACUGAGACAUGCCUUGCUGAACACAGCAACUGAAUUAAGGGCAGAAUGGUGGAAUUGAUUUUUUAACCUUUUCUUCUAGGAUAACUUUCUUUUCCUACAUGCUCACAUUCACCCAACUUACACAUACUUCUAUAUUGACAUAGUUAAUUGUAAUCAGGGUGUAACCUUUAAAAUAGGUUAUAACCUGAUAAUAAUUUCCCACCACAAAUUCCCAUCAAACUCUGUAUGUUUGUUAAACCCUCCUAUUCCCAACUGAAGAUGCUUUCUUAAUAUAUUUGAGACCUGAUCCAACAAGAUCACCUGUCUCCUAGGGUGGGAUCCAAGGCAGUGUGGAUGUUCUUUUACAUUAAUUUGUCCAUGAGUCACAUAUGUUGUGUGGAUGUUUCCAGGGUUCUUAACUGUAACAUUCAGGUACUUUAUCCAUCCAUAACACUAAUUGCCAGUUUAGGGAACUGAAUCUAAACCUUCCUUUUCUGUAAGCCAUUGGAACUGAGUCACUGAAUCCAGUCUCUGCAGAGACAUUCUUAAUGCUCGUCAGUGCAAUGUGGCAGUUGAUGGUCUCUCUACCAAGGACAUUACCCUUAAAAUGCUUGAGUUUAUAUCAGGAGUCUUCAAAUUGCAGUCUUCCAUGUGUUUUGGACUUCAACUCCCCAAAGCCUCAGAAGCUUUGACCAAUGAAAUCCAAAACAGCUGGAAGAUCAGUGUUUCUCAAAGUUUGAGAAACAGUGGUCUAAACUGUGUCAUGAUAACAAAGCUCAGUCUUAUAUAAGUUUUAGCAUACAGAACUCACUGAGAAAUAUAUUGUUUUCCUUUUAUAGUGUAAGUUAAAGAAGUCAUCCUAGAAGUAUUUGCAUGUGCUGUAGGCUUUUUUAUCGCCUUGUUUCUGAAGAGCACCUUUCACCUUUGCUGAAAUAGAAUUUGAUUUCUAAAAUCCCAGUGAGUUUUAGAGAAGAGAGUCUUAAACAAUAUAGGUCAACAACAACAAAAGCAAAAUCUCUGCUGUGCACAAAUGAGUGCAGUCUACAUUUAACAGUUUGUCAAAGCUUCAGAUCCUACUAAGUGAUGCUGCAGAAGUGUAUUUCUCUCUGUGUGUAUGUGUGUGCACACACAACAGAAUAAAAACUUUGUAUUCUCUCCCUUGAAGAGCAAAAAGCUACUUCAGAUUCCAGAGUGUCAAUAUUUUCUUUUUAGAUGCCUUAGGAAACAGGUUUUUUUUUAGUAUAUCUCACUUUCUGUAUCAGAAACAACUGCUGUCCCUCAUACACACACACACACACACAAUAUUCCAAUAUAGGAAAUGACUUUCAAUGUAGGUUAAAAAAAAAGUGAAAUAUGCUACUGGAGAAGGAUACAAGAUGAAUCCUUCACAUCCACACCAAAAAUUAAAAGGCGGAUAAUAAGGAGGUAUUUGGGUUCCUUUCCUGUCUUCUUUGUUACUUAUUUAUCCUUUUAAUGUUACCAGGUUUAACUUGCAGCUUUAACUUUAAUAAAGGUUAUGUUUCUGGGUCAGGCUAUGAUUUAAGCAGGAGGGGUGGCUCACCCCAAAAAGGCAGAGGGUUGCCCUUCAGUGCAAGUUAUGCAUAACAUAUAAUUACAGUCAGUUAUGGGCAUACAGAAUUUGAAUGAUUUAAUUUUUAAUAAAAUUUCACAGUCCAUCUGACAGUCUAAUGGUAGGAUUCCCUAGGCCUUCUCGGAUGGAAGUUUGCCCUAUUUCUUCCAAAAUUCCAAAACUUCCUCUCCAUAACACCAUAUAACAAAAAUUGAAACAUUUUCUGUUCCUGAAAAAGUGUUAUUUCCUGUUUAAUUAUGUGGUACAUACUUUGAAAGAAGUUGUCAUGCUCCAGAAACUUCAUUUUUGUGGCUGCUGCAAACUGUAUUGAAUUGGUUGAGACUCUAUGAGAUAUUCAUUGAAAAACUAUAGUAAAAUGUGCUGCUGGAUGUCCCACAAAAGCAAAGUUUUUGCAGAUUAAUAAACUUUUUCUGUGUUUUUAAUGAUAGAACCAAUUUGGAAAUAGCAUUUAUAACCCAGGAACAAAAACCGUGUUACAUAGUGUCAUAUUUUGACUUCAGCAGACACUCCUUCCUUUUAGCAAUGCUUCUUAAUACUCCAGUCUGAAAAUGAAAAGACAUUCCAUUGAAAUAAAAAGGGUAUUUGUCUAGAUUUAUAUAUUUAUCUCUGCAUAUAUGGAACACCAAUCUUCUGUCUGUUUUGGGUUCAUUAGGAUUAUAUCUUAAAUGUGAUCUCAGCUACUUUCUUCUGCUCAUGCCAUCCUAUCUGGGAUGUAAACAUCCAGAGGUAAUAAUUAGCCCAUCUUAUUUAAUCACUACCUUUAUAUUCUCCAUUUGUUUUAUCAAAACCAAGGUGGUUUUCCCUCUUGUAUUUUAAGCUCAAACAACCUUGAGUGGUUGGUUAAACGGGGAAUAGUCCCAAGCUUUUCUUGGUUAGCUUUGUAACUCAGGAGUUGGACCUGAGUUUUUCCAAGUGCUAGCCUGACAUUCUAAGUUGUAUACCUCACAAUGUGACACUUCUGCAUGCACUUUAUUGAUGAAUGAGUCUUUGAUAUUUAUGGUCAGUAACAUAGAAGAAGAUAAGGAAACACACAAUGGAUGGGAAGUUAGCAUGAAAAUAAUCAAAUCUUUGCCAGAUCAUGAUGUACUAGUGAACAAACAGCACUUUAUGUAUUGUGCCAUCACCUUGAGAAGAGAUCUGGCCAAGUAGUGACCAGUCUGGAUAUCAUUGAGCAAAAGUAUUGACAGCUUUGAUAGAUUAGGCUUCGAAUUACUUGAAGAGCACAGAUAUAUGGAGGUUGUGUGUGCAUAUUCUCAUAGAGGCGCACCUUUGAUGGUCAGUGGUAUCAGAACAUAUUUUAGGUCUGAUAAAUGUUGUGUAGCUGAAAUGCCCACAAUAGCCAUGGAAGAGCAAUUGGGCAGAAUGCCUUCACUAGGAUCCCUUCAUUGCUGUACAGUGUCUUACCUUCUCCCUCAGGGUCCUAUGUGUAUAACUGCCCAGAGGGAAAGGUAAGCAAUUGCAGCUGCUCUUUUUCUUGCAGCUGUCACUGUUCAUUUAUCAGAAAUGACAGAUGAGCAGGCAGCAGCAGCAGCAGCGAGAAAGGGAAGCUUCAGAAUUGGAAGGCUCUGAAGUAAGGGUGAAGGACAUAUGGCUCUCCAGAUGGUGUUGGAUUGCAAUUCCCAUCAGUCAUAGCCACCUAAGCCAAUAGCAAGGGUUGAUGGGCACUGCUGUCAGACACCAUCUGGAAAGCCACUUGGUUCACAGCCCUGUUCUGCAGGGCUGUGGACCUGGGAUAUGAACCUUGGCAGGUACCCACUUCCAUUCUUACGUAAUGCUUCUCUCUAAGCCAAAAUCUUGAAACAAAACUAGAAACACGUGCAUCAGUGUGAGGAAAAGCGGGCCUUUCUAUAAGAUGCACUAAAGAAUCAGUUCCAGCAGUAAUUUCUAAACUUGAUUCCCUAGAUGCAGGAGGACAAUAAACAAUGGUCAAUAGGCCUCAGGCCAUGGGCAUUUUGGAGAUUUGUAGUUUAAUAACAUCUGGAAGUCAUUGCUUCAUAAAAAUAAAGUGUGUGAAGAAGCAUUUUCUUUUUCCUGAUUUUGUGUAACAUACAUACUCAUGCUUGUGUAAUAUUAAUUGCCACUCUGCAGGCAAUCGUAACAGUUCAAGGAGCAUUCAUUGGAGAGCUAGAAGAGUUCACAUACUACAUUAGAGAGUUCUCAGUGUGUGCAUGCCUGCCUUCAAAUCACCUGCCAUUUUAUGGCAUUAAUUGCAUAACACUUUCUAAGACAAGGAAUACUCAGAAGUGAUUUUGUCAAUUCCUUCCUCUGAAAUAGUAUCCAAUGGUAACAAUAACAUGCAGGUUUAUUUUGGAAUUAUUGCGGUGUAGAAAUGUCCUUAGCUGAAAUGUUUGAUUUUGUAGAUGCCAUUCUGAGAAAUCCUCCUUUUCAUCACUGUCAAAACAUCAUUAAGAGAUCAACAUUCUUAAAAUACAAAUUGAACAAUAAUGGUAAAUAUGAUCAAAACCCAAACAUCUUCAGAAUUUGUUGGGCAUUCACAGUGCUGUGGGGGAGAGUAACACAAAAAAGCUAGGUACAGUAGAGUCUCACUUAUCCAAGCCUCGCUUAUCCAAGUUUCUGGACUAUCCAAGCCAUUUUUGCAGUCAAUAUUUUCAAUAUAUCAUGAUAUUUUGGUGCUAAAUUCAUAAAUACAGUAAUUACAACAUAACAUUACUGUGUAUUGAACUACUUUUUCUGUCAAAUUUCUUGUAUAAUAUGAUGUUUUAGUGCUUAAUUUGUAAAACCAUAACCUAAUUUGAUGUUUAAUAGGCUUUUCCUUAAUCUCCCCUUAUUAUCCAAGAUAUUCGCUUAUCCAAGGUUCUGCCGGCCCAUUUAGCUUGGAUAAGUAAGACUCUACUGUAUAUGUAAAUGGUGCUUAUUUGAGCUAGUCCAAUAAUUUAAUAUAAUGCUGUCUUUCACACUUAAAAAGCAAUUAAUUGGCACCCAAAACCAUGAUGAGAAUAUACAAUGCACUUCAACAUUUGCAAAUAUUGUGGAUGAAUGUGGUUUCCAACUGAUAAAAUAAAUGAACUUUCAAAUGUACUCUGAAUAUGUGUAGCAUUGUACUUCACGAGUUGCUAAUCUCACAGAUGUAACAAUUAAAUUACAGUCCACAAAUUGAAAAGCAAUUGCAACACCAAAAACAAUAUUGUCACAGUUAACAUCAAAUUUUCAGGGUUGGAUUCAGGAUCUUCCUACUAUCAACAGAAAGGCAUUUUUAUGGAAGAUGUCUCAAUCUGAUGUUUUUAGGAUUACCCAACCCCAUCUUAAUACAAAGGCAAUUACAUUCAGCAAAUUGUCCUGAACCUCUCAUGCAAUUUUUGAGAUGGUUGGAAGGACUUUCACAAGGAAAAGAGGCUCAGAAGGCCAUUUUUGCCAGUUUCUUCGUAUUCAUGUAUAUCAGGACACGACCCCCAGUUUUGUACCAUUGAACUAGACAAACUAGAUAAACCUUUCUGUUCUGGUUUAGAUUAAAAUCUCACUUCUUGUAUUCAAUUAAGAAUCAUAGAAUCAUAGAGUUGGAAGAGACCUCACAGGUCAUCCAGUCCGACCCCCUGCCAAGAAGCAGGAAAAUCAUAUUCAAAGCACCCCCGACAGAUGGCCAUCCAUCUGCUUAAGAGAGAGUAAAUCUGCACCACUUCUGGUUUGUAAGGGAAAAUAUUCAAUUUCAUUUUUCUUUUGACAUUCCUUCUGAUUCACUGGAUAUUGAGAAUAAUUUAAUGAAUGUUAUAGUUGUGAAGACUUAACUGUUUUUUUUAAUCAUACUUAAAAGAGCUGGAAAUACUAUGUAAUCUUAGUUGAGAUUAAUGUUAGUGCAUCCCUUCAUGUGAUAGGUUUCAAGAGGCAAUUUCUUUGGAGAAGAUAGGAAUAGUUAAUUUUAAAAACUGGCAAAUUCCCAAACUUCCCAGACAACAUGCUCUGUGUUAUACUGGCUGGGUGACUAUGGUCUUCCAAACUGGAAUUUUUACAACCUGGCCCUCUCUAUUUGAUAGUUUUAGAAAUGCAGAACUCCCACCAAAAUGAACAAAAUGCACCCCCCCCCCCCAACCCUAUAUUUAUCUGAGAUAACACCUCACAUGAUGCUCUCGGCCUUUUCAGGCUUGUUGUAUGGAUGAAAGAGAAUUAUCAUAUUGUAAAGAACAUCACUUUCUGGAAGAAUAAUAGUUGCUGCUCAAUGCCCCCACAAACAACAAAAUACAAGUUUAAUCUACUAUCAUUGGUUUUGCAUCCCAUUAGUGCUUUGAGGUUUGAACAAAAUUCUGCCUUCCAGUAUCUUGGUAUGAUGAAAGUAUUUUAUCCUUUUAUUCCAAAUUGGGGAGCAAAGUAUCCAAAACCUUAUUUAUUUGUUUGCCCUACCCUCAGAGAUGUGGUCCAUAGCUGUAGGGAUCCCUGGCUUUCACAGAAUAAAUUACACACCUGUGACCUUUUUGAGCUGGACUAUGGUUGUGUUGAGAUGGUUCCCAAUACCUUUUCAUUCAGAGAUUGUUUAUUGUGAAAUUAGAACUCAGCACACUCAUUCUUGGCUUACGACUCAAGUUUUAUGUCUCCAUAUUUUUAUUUGGAGAAAAACAGGGCAGAUUAGUCAAGCUUGGACAUCACAAUAAACAAGUCAAAAGUGGAGGUUUGGUGGUUUGUAAGCCACUUCCACUUGUGGUAGGAAUGAUUGGACAGCAUGCACAAGCAUGCUGCCUCUUUCCUAGUAAGCUAGAAUUUUAAAGAAUCUUUACUUACUAAAUGUGCCCAGUAUCAUCUUGUUUGUUACUCAGAUUAGAAGAUGAAGUAAAAUGAAAUUGCCCAGGGAAGUUGGGUUAGAUAGCAGUAAAUACAUGGUUGCUCAAUCCUUAAGAACAUGCUGCCUCUUGUUCAAACUCAUUUAGAGGAGUUUCCAAUGUAUAUAUGGUAAAAGAUGAGCACAAUUUAACUGUCCAAACAAAGGUGUACAGAAGACACUAACAAGCCCUCAACUGCAGCACAGCUAAAAAUGUUGCAUUCAUCUUACCCUUGCUGUGUUGAAUUUUAACUCACUGUAAUUAUGUAAUGAGAGGGUUUUAUAUCUUAAGUGACUUCCUUCUCAUCAUUGGUUCCAGAACUCACAGGCUGUUUAUUCCAGGAACACCACCUGGACAUUUUUAAACAAAUUGCUUAUCAGAUUGUAUUUGUUAAGAGGAAUAAUAUCUGGGUUGAAUACUUUUUUUAUUUAUCGGCAUCAUAGUUCAUCAUUUCAGAAUAAUAUGAAGGAAUAAAAAGUGUGAUCUAUGUGCUAAAUGUUUUGCAAAUUUGGAUUUUAUAGUGUGUUUCAAGUGCAAAUGUGAAAAUGUUUUAUUUUUCUACCACUCUGUAAUAUUGUUGAGUAACUCGAGAUUUAUUUGUGGAUAACAGUGCCAUUUGAGUUGAUUUGCCUAAAGAGACAGUGUUACUUGAUAUUUAAGCUUCUCAGGUUCUGUUGUGGAAUGAAAUUAGUAGUUAUUUAGGGAGUAAAAAACUAACUGUGCAUAACUCUCAUGAGUAAAAAAGAUUAUCCAUUUUUGUAUAAAAUGCUGUGUUGGUUGCAUGCAGUUUUUUUGUAUAAGGCAUGCCAUCUUGUAACUUUUUAGUGACAGUAAAACUGCACUGCUUCCACAGAGUUACUAGCAUUGUACUGAGCUACUUAAAGAGUAAACAAGAUCUUAAUAAAGCGAUGGAACACUGA